AUGGCUAGCCUCGUUCCAAUGGCAGCCCGCACCGUCGGCCGUCUGUCGACUCGACCGGCGCCGAAGCUCGCAAUCAAGCCAUCCCUCCUGCUGCGACGGGCGUACUCGGCGGAGGCCCCGCCGCCGCCUCUCCUUACGAAGCUCAAGGGCGACCUCAAGACCGCGAUGAAAGCGAAAGAUACCGCUAGACUGGGCGUGAUCCGAUCUGUCAUCUCAUCGACUCUGAACGCGAGCAAGACUGCCUCGCCUAUCAAGACAGACGCACAGCUUGUCGCAUUGCUGCGGAAGCAGGCCCGCUCGGCGCAGGAGGCUGCGGAGGAGUUCCGCGCAGCUGGAAGAGAGGACCUCGUCGAGAAGGAGGAAGCCCAGGUCCGGAUCCUGGAAGAGUAUGCCGCAGGUAGCGGCAUCGAGAGCAUUGGGGAGGCCGAGUUACAACCCAUCGUGGAGGCCGUCUUGGCGGAGAUGGCCGCCGAAGGAGUCACCGCCAAAUCGCAAAUGGGGGAGGCUAUGAAGAGGCUGCUGGCGCCAGGCGGUCCUCUCGAUGGCAAGGAUGUACAAAAGACGGAAGUGAUCAAGGUUGUCAAGGAGCUGAGUGCAAAGGCAUAA